AUGUUCCGCUAUCUUCCUUUCUUUAUCUCGCUCGCGGCUGCCACAAACCUCUACGCCACCCACUAUGACGGCAAUAUCUACACACUCUCUCUUGAUAGCGGAAACUCGCUGUCAAUCACUUUAUCUUUGAAAACAUGUGGCGAUGCCCCUAGUUGGCUUUCGUUAGAUCCAUCGACGCGCACCCUCUAUUGCUCUGACCACUCAGGCAAUGCAGUCAUCAAUGGCUCAUUGACUUCAUACUCUGUGGGUCAACAUGGAAGACUGACCGAGCUCGCAAAGACCACGGAUGUGGGCGCAGCUGUGCACAGUGUCAUUUAUGGCGGCAAGCAUGGCAAAAAGUAUUUAGCUGUUGCACAUUACGGCGGUUCGGCCUUGACAACCUUCACCCUGCCUCUCAUCUCCGAUGAAGGGCCCUUGCAAAUCCUCCGCUAUCAAAUGCCCCAACCCGGUCCCAAACCGCAGCAGGAUGCACCCCAUCCACACCAGGUGAUUCUCGAUCCAACCGGGUCUUUCCUCCUCGUUCCCGAUCUAGGCGCAGACCAAGUUCGAGUGUACGCUAUUGACCACCACUCGGGGCAUCUAAAUGCGUGCCCUGCUCUCAAUUACACCGCUGGUAGUGGACCGCGACACGGAAUAUUCUGGAAAUCUAAACCGUCGCACUGGGCACAAGCUCCAGUGACCAUGUUAUACACUGUCAGCGAAUUAGGAGGGCAUUUUAAUGCGUUCUCUGUCUCUUACGCAUCCUCCGGUUGUCUCGCAUUCAGGGAGACGCAAUCCUUCGUACCAUACCCAGGUGGACAGUUGCCGGCUGGGGCUACGCCCGCGGAACUGCGUAUGGUAGGGAGUUCUAUUUAUGCUUCGAUUCGCUUCGAUCAAGGGUUUCCUCCUAAUGAUUCUUUGGUGACUUCGGCUCAGCUACCGAAUGGCACGGUCAAGCUUAGCCAGAUCACUUCUUCGUAUGGCACCGUUCCCAGGACCUUUGCCAUUAAUAAGAAGGGUACUUUGGUGGCUAUUGGAGAUCAGGCCUCGUCUAAUGUGGCCAUUGUCAUGAGGGAUCCGCGGAGUGGAGAGCUCGGCGAUCUGGUUGCUAGCUUGCAGGUUGGAGAGCCCGGCCAAGCUAGUAAUUCGUCGACUGGGUUGAGUAGCAUUAUCUGGGAAGAGUAA